CCCAAUUCGACCCGUUCUCUUCCACUCUCUCUUUCCAACCAGCCCCACCCUCUGUUUCCAUUACCCUCAACGCCGUCGUUUAGCGUCGCCGCCCAGCCUCGCUGCCGUCACUACCGUCACCACCGUCGCCCAGCCUAGCCACCGUUUCCCAACACUGCCGUCAUCGCGCAAUCCCGUUGUCUAGCCCCAUCGUCGAGAGGAUUGACGUGGUAGAAAUUGCAGCAGGAAGUUAACUUAGUUAUGGGGUUUGACAACGAGUGCAUAUUGAACAUUCAGUCUCUGGCUGGGGAGUAUUUCUGUCCAGUCUGCCGCUUGCUUGUUUACCCACAUGAAGCAUUACAGUCACAGUGCACUCACUUGUAUUGCAAGCCUUGUUUAACUUAUGUAGUUAGCACGACCAGGGCUUGCCCAUACGACGGCUACUUAGUUACAGAAGCAGAUUCUAAGCCGCUUAUCGAAUCAAAUAAAACCCUUGCUGAAACCAUUGGCAAAAUAGCGGUUCAUUGCUUGUAUCAUAGGAGUGGAUGCACUUGGCAAGGGCCAUUGUCCGAUUGUGUAACUCAUUGUUCAGGAUGUGCUUUCGGCAACUCCCCUGUUUUAUGCAAUCGGUGCGGAAUUCAACUUGUACACCGGCAAGUGCAGGAGCACGCACAAACUUGCCCAGGUGUGCAGCCUCAAGCACAGCAAGGGGACGGUGCUCAAAGCACCACAGCGAGUAGCACGACAGCUGCUACUGAUCAGGUCCAGUCUGCCUCCAUGUCUGGAAUGGCUAAAUCUCAAGCCCAAUCUUCGCAGAGUGUUGCAGUUGGUGCUCCUGGACAGGAUACCAAUCAGCAGGCUAACGCAAGUUCCCAGGGUCCAACUGUUGUUCAAGCUGCUGUACCAACUUCAGAACAGUGGUAUCAACAGCAACAACAGUAUCAGGAAUACUAUCAGCAGUAUCCUGGAUAUGAUCCUUACCAACAGCAGUACCAGCACUACUACCCUUAUCAGCAGCAAACGGCUGUUCCGUAUCAGCAGCCACAACCAACUCAGGCUCUUCCUUCCCACAUGGCUACCCAGCAACAACCUGCGUACAUUCAACCCCAGCCUCAGCCUCAAUCUCAACCGCAAGUUCCAGUCCAAUCCCAGUCCCAACCCCAGUCCCAACCCCAGUCCCAACCCCAGCCUCAAUCCUUGCCACAGCCUCAACCACUAACUCAGCCACAUGAAAAUUCUCAAUCACAUAUGCACGUCCAAACGCCUGCAGUUGGUCAGUCUCAGAACCAGGGACAAGUUAAUCCGCAGCAACAGCUGUAUCAUGCUGCAACCCCACAUUCUCAUAUCCAACCACAGGGUCACCCACCAGCUCAUGUAACCAAUCUCUAUCAAUGACGCCUAAUGCACAACCCCAAACGCAGAAUCCCCCGACGUAUGCUGCAACAGGUUAUCAUUCUUUUCCUCAGCUGCAACAUCACCAGCAAAUGCAGUUGGGAGUUCCUCAAAGUGUCCUACCGGCACAUCCGCAAGGUGGGGCUCACCAACAAUCCCAACCACCAGUUCAAAUGCAGUCUCAAUUACCACAACCACCUCCUAUGCGUCCACCUCAACCUCCUAUGUACCAAAACCAGCAACAUCCACCAAUAUUGCCUUCACCUAAUCAGGUUCAAAAUGUUUCUGCAGCACAGCAGCUACAUGUACCCUCCCAGGCCCAACAACCUGGACAGCCAGCAAACCAGCGUCCUGUUAUACAGCCAGUGCAACAACCUGCAUCCCAGCAAGUUGUGCAUCAACAACAGCAUUUCGGACAGCAAGGGCAGUUUAUACAGCACCAGCUGCAUAUGACACCUCAAAUGCGUCCACAGGGACCUCCAAGUUCAUUGUCACAGCAUAAUCAUGGUUAUGCGCAUUUGCAGCAUAAUAUCAAUUUGCCACAUGGCAUGCAACAUAAUCCGUCUUAUUCACAAUCUAUGGUUGGUGUUUCAGUGAGGCCAACACAGUUUGGUGCUAACCAACCAACUAUGAAACAGGGACAUGCAUUUGGUAAUAAUAAUAACCAGGUGCAGAUGCCAGAUGGUUUUGGUGAACGCAAAAUGGAAAAGAGCCUGGAUGGACGAGAGGGUGGAUCAUCUUCCCAAAAGGAUGCCAAAAGAGCGGCAAAUUAUUUGGAUGUAUCAUCUAAAAUGGGGACGACAGAUGCUGGUGAGUUGAAGACUGAAAAAUCUAUAACUAAUUUGAAGGUGUCCAGUGAUAAAGGUAGAUAUACUACUGGGGAUAAAACUAUUCAGGCUGAUGCAUCUGCUGAAAGUGCUCCACAAAUGGGGGCAGUAGACUCUAAUUUGCAUGUAGGUGACAAUGGUAAGCCUUCAAUCAAUCAGGUUGAGGUAAAGGUAGAGGCAGCAAAAAGUACUUUUGAUCAUUCGAGCAAUGAUAAAUUGGGAGAAGUAAGAGUUCAGGACCAGAAAGAUAUUAGCACUGAACCUAAGAAAAUGGAGGAUCUUGCCAUUGAGAAUAAAGGAAGUCAGGAAGGUUUCCUUCAGAAGAUUUCAUCACAAGACAUUGAACAAAGCGAAGAAGAAAAGAGGAUGCUGACUGAUGCUAGUGGGACUCUGCACCCUUCUGCAGAUGAGGGCCCACAAGCUGUUACUACUACUACUACAUCAUCUUUAAUCCCUGUUAGUAGUCCUGACAGUACAAAACCGAAGCUGUUGCAUCAACAUGGCUAUCAAGAUAAAAAUUCCUCUCAAACUGACGGUUCUCAAAGUGGCACAGCACAGCCUUCUCAUCCAGCUUCUCUAGUUGCUCAUACAAGACAUCAGACACCACCAAGUAGUUAUGCGUCAUCUGCACUUCAACAAGGUGCGACAGCAUCUCUGUUACAACCACCUCCUCCAGGACCCUUCCAUCAUUCACAGGUUUCAAAUAAUCCUUCCAUGCAACUUAGGCCUCGGGCUCCUGGCUUGGUAUCUCAUCCUGGGCAACCUUUUAAUCCAUCUGAACCGUUCCUUCCGGGUGGCAUUCCUGAACCUGCUUCUGCUCCAUCCUUUGGGAGGGGGCCAAGUCACUAUGGUCCUCAGCAAGCCUUGGAACAAGCCGUUGGUCCUCCAGGAUCUUAUAGUCUAAGCCAACCACCUACUUCUCAAGGGGUUUCAAAGCUGUCUCUAGGUGAUCCUGUUGGAGCACACUUCCGUGCAAAGCUUCCAGGGGCUUUUGAUUCUAGGGUACAGCUGCAUUCUCAUGAAGCUCAAAUUGGUGCUCAGCGUCCCAUUCAUCCUAUGGAAGCUGAGAUAUUUUCUAAUCAAAGGGCUAGACCUGAUUCCCAUCUUCUUGGAACAAUGGAACAUCGUCCACCACAUCUACCAGGGAUUCCUCCUAACGUGUUGACUUUAAAUGGUGCCCGAGGUCCUGACUCCUCUUCCAAACUUGGCUUGAUGGAUGAAAGGUUUAAACGUGGGCACGAGGAACAAUUAAAUCCCUUUCCGCUAGAUUCAGCUCGGCGUCCUAUUAAUCAAGCUGACUCUGAAGAUGUUCUCAGGCAAUUCCCGAGGCCUUCUCAUUUGGAAUCUGAUCUCUCUCAGAGAAUUGGAAAUUAUUCUUUGAGGCCCUUUGACAGGGGAUUGCAUGGGCAAAAUUAUGAGACUGGUUUAACCAUUGAUGGUGCUACUGCUUCAAGAAUCUUGCCUCGUCAUAUUGGUGGUGUAUUACAUCAUCAAGAUGCUGAGAGACCAAUUGGUUUUUUUGAGGAUUCUAUUGGACCAGCAGACCGAGCUCGUGGCCAUUCUGAUUUUCCUGUACCAGGGAGUUAUGGUCGGCGUUAUGUAGAUGGAUUUGCUCCAAGAAGUCCUCUUCAUGAAUAUCAUGGACGUGGGUUUGGAGGUCAUCCUGGGUUUCCAGGGUCAGCAGAUGAAAUUGAUGGUCAGGACUUCCCUCGUCAAUUUGGUGAUCCACUUUCAUUCCGUGAGUCUAGAUAUCCUAUUUUUCGUAGCCAUCUGCAUAGAGGUGAGUUUGAGGGUCCUGGUAAUUUUAGGAUGAGUGAACAUGUAAGAACUGGUGAUUUAAUUGGACAAGAUAGACAUUUUGGUCCUCGAAGCUUGCCUGGGCAUUUGCGUUUGGGUGAGCCAGCUGCUUUUGGUUCACAUCCUGGUCAUUCUCGAAUAGGAGAUUUGUCGGUGCUUGGUAACUUUGAGCCAUUUGGUGGAGGACAUAGGCCAAACCAUCCUCGACUUGGUGAACCGGGGUUUAGAAGCAGUUUUUCUCGUCAGGGUCUUGCAGAUGAUGGUAGAUUUUUUGCAGGAGAUGUUGAAUCUUUUGAUAACUCAAGGAAGAGGAAACCAGUCAGCAUGGGUUGGUGUAGAAUUUGUAAAUUAGAUUGUGAAACAGUUGAAGGCUUGGAGCUGCAUUCACAAACAAGAGAGCACCAGAAGAUGGCUAUGGAUAUGGUGCAGAGCAUCAAACAGAAUGCAAAGAAACAUAAAGUAACUCCAAAGGAUCACUCCUCUGAAGAUGGCAAGUCAAAAAAUGUUGGUCUUGAUAGCCGUGGGAAAAAGCAUUAAAUUUGCAACUCGUCUCAUCACAAUCAUGGACUCUAUUUUACUGGGUUGCUGCCAUGUAUGAACUAUGAAGAUGGUUUUUGGGGCUGAAGUUCUGUGGCAGUUAAGUUUGUUGGUUUUGUUUUUAGAUUACAAUAUUUGGCUCUGGAAUGGGUUCAUAUGGACAUCAACGUCAUGUAGUAGAAGUUUGGUAUAUGGCUAUCACUUCAUUGUGUUUAUUGUUCUGAUGGCAUGUUCUUUUCCUCUUCCUACCUACCUCUUUUCCUCACACGACCUUUAAAUGCCAUUUAAUCUGAAACCGUAUUGGUACUUCAA